AUGGAUUCUAUCACGGAGGAUAGAAAGGAAGAGACUCAAAAAUCAGGUCCUGAGGAUACAUUAUUGAUGGAUACUGAGCCGGGCGGUGAAAAUACAAUCUACGAAGGGCAGCAGACGAGGGCAGCUGUCAUGCCGUCUAAUCACGGUCAAUUUGGUAAGUGUCACCAGACAAUCUCAAAAGACUCGUGGUAUCUGGGGCUCGCCAAGCCUUAA